UCAGUGAUCGGUAUCACUCAAUGGAAACAAUUAUACAUUUGUGGCUAUCAUUUAAUCCACCAGACUCGUGCCUCGCCCCCUCCAGUGUAGAUUUAAAUAAUCCUUUGUUUACAUGAUGCAGUCCCUCUGUCCGCGGAAGGAGGCUUUUGGUAGUGCUGUGUGAUUCCUACCAGCUGUUUCCCGCCUUGAAAGACAUCCGAUCAGCUGCAACUACACACAUACACGUACAUGCAGAAGGAAAGAGAGAGAGAGAUUGAGAGCGCCACACAACGAGGGAACCCUAUCAGCUGGAAGUAGAGUAACGUUACAACUCAGAGUGCUCUGCUACUACAUAAGGAAUUUUCCGAAUUAUGAAAUGAUUCUAGAUUUAUGAGCAAGGGAAUUUUCACCUGAAACUGGAACAUAUUUUGUGCGUUAAUUCAUUUGAACCGGGGGACACACGACUGGAGAGGAAAGCAUGGAGUAUUUCAUGGUACCAGCACAGAAGGUGCCCUCCUUGCAACAUUUUAGGAAAACGGAGAAGGAAGUGAUUGGGGGUCUUUGCAGCCUGGCGAACAUUCCCCUGACCCCGGAGACGGCACGCGACCAGGAGCGGCGGAUCCGUCGGGAGAUCGCCAACAGCAACGAGCGGCGGCGUAUGCAGAGCAUCAACUCCGGCUUCCAAUCGCUCAAGACGCUCAUCCCCCACAGCGACGGGGAGAAACUCAGCAAGGUGGGUCCGAGGGAGGAAAGGAAGGGAGAGAAACUCAGCAAGGCAGCCAUCUUGCAGCAGACAGCAGAGUACAUCUUCGCUCUGGAGCAGGAGAAGACACGACUACUGCAGCAGAACAGCCAGCUCAAACGCUUCAUUCAGGAGUUCAGCGGCUCCUCCCCAAAGAGGAGGCGCGGGGCGGAGGAGAAGGAUGAAGGGAUCGGUUCCCCAGACAUUUUGGAGGAGGAGAAGACGGAGGACCUGCGGAGGGAGAUGGUGGAGCUGAGACAGCAGCUGGACAAGGAGCGCUCUGUUCGAAUGAUGCUGGAGGAGCAUUUGAGACAGGAGGAGGUCUGCUGUGUUGUGGUUGGUGGUACUCAGCCUGAACAUGUGUUAGGAACUCACUCCGACCAGCAGGAGAGAGCCAGCACCCCAGCCCACAGCCCACAGGUGCUGGCCCCCAGGUCGCCCCCCGCCCCCACCCACCACCCCACAGUCAUCGUCCCAGCCCCCGCACCAGCCCCGCCUCACCAUCACGUCACCGUGGUAACCAUGGGCCCGGCCUCUGUCAUCAACACAGCCUCCACGUCUCGCCAGAACCUGGACACCAUUGUGCAGGCCAUCCAGCACAUUGAGAGCAUCCAGGAGAGGGUGGGGGAGGAGGAGCAGCGCCGGGCGGUGAUCGUCACCCAGGGACGCGCCCUCACAGACACAGCGGGGUCCGACACGGCGUCCGACAGCGAGGGGCCAGAGGACUGCUCACUGCCCUGAGGCCUCCCAUCACACACAGGGGCCACGAGAGGGGGCCCCGUACAAUACCCACAAUACUCUGAUUAUAUGGCCAUUUAUUAGGUUGGAUAGACGGAUCAGACUCACACACACACACACACACACACACACACACACUGAACUAGGAUAGUCUACUGUAACCGGAUAAUUACACAUACACACUUCUUUCUGUCUCUCUUUUCUGCUUUCUUGCUUUUUCUCAAACCGGACAAGAAAAUCAGUAGAAAGGUGAUGGGUUGACCUGACAGUUCCACAUAGCUCAAGCAGCCAGCAGCCUUCCCAUCGGUCACGACGCACCCAUCCAACCCACUCCCUCUCUGGGUCUUGCUUCUCCAGAGAGCUGCCUGAGGAUGGAAGUGUCACACCCCGGUCCAGCCCGGUCCCUUGGCUCAGUUCUCCAAAACCAACCAAGCAACUUAUAUGCCCAGCGAGCAGGAGAGCGCGCCUGGAUAGGACAGCUGUACCCCAACCAGCAGCACAGCCAUCCCAGGCGACCCCACACCCCCCAUACAAGAGAUAAUUUCUCCAAGAAGUCUUCUACUUCCUGUAUCUCUUCACUAUAUUUCUGCCCAGGGGGAUCUCCCCUGAGCGAUGAGACACUGUGAGCAUUCAAAGACACAUUCUGAAUCAGUUCCAACACACCUUUUUGGCUCCUUAGUAAGAGAAAAUGUUGUUGUUUUUCUGUUGUACUUUACAAAGAAUUUGUAAGAGUUUGCGUUACAGGAUUUCUUUUUGAUCUUGUGUUCUGCUCGGGGGCUGUGGUCGAUAAAUCACAGGGAUUAUACUGAAACGUGACAGCACCGAAAAGGCCCAUAUUGACGCAGCUAGAGGUCUGUUCAUUUCAGUGGUGCUGUUAUGAGACAAAGCUAAAGCUAAGCUUACUAUGGAAAGAGGAGGAGUGCACUUACAGUUCCCUCUCUCUUUUAGCGCCAUCACACUUUUUACUGGGCUGGGUUCCCAGUAGACAUUUAUGUAGGCGACACUCCCCUAACUACAAAAAGUAUGUUGGUUCCAUCGGUAGUACAGACAAAAACCUGUAACACUGAUUCACCCUUUUGUCUGUUGCUUCUGACAUUUUGGCAUCUAGCUUGUUGAAUAAGCUAAUCGAUGGGUACGUCUUGAGUUUUUAAAACCCUUUGUGUGUUUUUGCUCUUGUACACAUAGGGUAGGCUGGUGUAUCCAGCUCCACGCUGUAAUUAGGUGGGUUGUGUUCAGGGUUAGGAAAGCCCUGUAUUUGGGACAGGCCUCUGUUUGAUAUUGUAGGAGAACACACACACCCUCCUGUGCAAUUAAUGGUCCCACAUCUGAUAACGCUCCUCCCAUCAUCUGAUAAAGCUCCUCCCAUCAUCUGAUAAAGCUCCUCCCAUCAUCUGAUAAAGCUCCUCCCAUCAUCUGAUAACGCUCCUCCCAUCAUCUGAUAAAGCUCCUCCCAUCAUCUGAUAAAGCUCCUCCCAUCAUCUGAUAAAGCUCCUCCCAUCAUCUGAUAAAGCUCCUCCCAUCAUCUGAUAACGCUCCUCCCAUCAUCUGAUAAAGCUCCUCCCAUCAUCUGAUAAAGUUCCUCCCAUCAUCUGAUAACGCUCCUCCCAUCAUCUGAUAACGCUCCUCCCAUCAUCUGAUAAAGCUCCUCCCAUCAUCUGAUAAAGCUCCUCCCAUCAUCUGAUAAAGCUCCUCCCAUCAUCUGAUAAAGCUCCUCCCAUCUGAUAAACCUCCCAUUAUCUGAUAACGCUCCUCCCAUCUGAUAAAGCUCCUCCCAUCAUCUGAUAAAGCUCCUCCCAUCUGAUAAAGCUCCUCCCAUCAUUUGUCCCUGAGUUUUGGAAAUGUCUCUCUGAUGUUUGUGAGUUUAGAUCCUUAAUGGCCAAUGAUAUUGGUUGACUGAGCAUUUGACUGAGCAUAUUCACUAAUAGGAACAAGCGUCCUGAGGGGGGGCAGGUAUCUGUGGCAUCACCAUACUACUCAGCAUCGUGAUACUUGGCUUGGUAUCACGUCAUUAGUAAAAUGUUGAUAUUGUGACAACCCAACUCUGAAAAUAGGCACAUUUUCUUGCAGUUUCCACAGAUUUCCAGCGUGUCUCUGUGCAACAACAAAAAAAUGUCUGGGCACCUUUUUGGGCCCUCACCAGUUAGCAUCCCUGGCUAUUGUCAGUUUUUAUUAUUGUGCUUUUGAGCGUGUAUCAUUCUCUCUGUAAAGUCUAUGGUGGUUUUGUUGUGCUCCAGAUAUGACAGUGGUUUACAGGGAUCACAGACACUGUUUCAAAAGCCUGAGUUUUCUCGGGCUGACCUGAUUGAAACCUUGCUGUAUUGGAGGUUCUCCUAUCCCGUGGAGUGAGGGGGGAAUGGAGACAGACACAUGAACAGUCAUGGUGUGUUCGAGAAACCCAGAUUCUGUGCAGAUUGUCAGAUCCUUACAAUACUUAGAGAAAUUGUGCAGAAUAUGCCCAUCUGGAUUGUACCCAGUAUACCACGCUGCCUGGGGUGAGCGGAGAGAGAGAGGGGCAGCGGUUUGCAAUAACACAGCUUGUAAUGUGCAGGGUAGGCACUGUGAGGCCAGCCUUAACUCAACCCUGGAGUCAGAGCGAGAAAGAGGUAGAGGCUGGCUACACCUAUAGGGAAAGCCUGAACACUGUUCAAUGGGAUUGAUACUGUAAACCUUUUUGUCGAGAACCUCCCAAUAUAAAUACACACUUGGCGGCUUAAGCUUUGUUUUAGUGUGCUGUGGUUUCCAAAAGGAGAUGUGGAUGCAUUGUUUUUAGACAUUCCAGGAGAUUCCACCAGUACCUUUAGCAUCUUUAACUGCCACUUUUCAAGAGCAAAAAGCAACGGUUUUGUCCCAGAGGUUAUUUUUGGCCACAAUACGGCCAAUCGCAAAGGAGUUGGUUUUGAUGUAAAAUUAUUUGAUGGCAAAUUGGAUUGAUUUGUUGAUUGUCCCUUAUGUCUUCCCUUUGAGUGGAGAGGGAGUCCUUUUACUGCUGGACAGAUGAGACGCAUCUCCCUCCUAUCCUUCCUUCUUGGUAUUUACAGUGGAUUCACACUGGCCACGUUCAAGGCCACUUCAUUGCAGUCGCAUGCCAGAACCUCACAAUGCCUGGAUAGGUGUUUUUGUAUCAGCUUACCACAAAAUGAUACCGCUAACUGAUGCCCGAUUGGAAAGUCAGUGAGGUGGCACGCAACCAUGGGUUGCUGCGUGCAGUGCGACUGCAAUGUAGUCAGCCUGGAACGUGACCACUGUGUUCACCCAGGAAGAAAACCAAUUUAGCCAUGUUGAGUUCCAUUAUUUGGAAAUGGUCAGUGAUUCUUGAGGUGUGCCCUCUAUAAACCUUAUAAUCUGGAUCGGAGGGGGCAGUCCUCCGAUCCAGUCCUAUUGAUUACUGAACAAAAUGUUAUUUUUUUUGUUUGGUUACGCUUUAUGCUAUGUCCGUAGAAACCUUUUCGUACCCCUUUUCAGUACCUGUGUUCAAACAUUUCCUCUGCUGAUGCCAAGCACUGUCCCAUAGAUUUUUGUUGUGUAUCUUCUAUACGAUAUCUCUGUUAGAUACAUAACAGAUUGCCUGUGAGGUGGGCAGGGGUCAGUGAAUGGGGGGGUUACGGUUCUAAAGCACUUACUGUACUAUAUAUGGGAGAGGGUUCCUCUUAUUUUUCUAAAAGGGGGCCUCUCCUCGGCUGAAGCUCUUGAUAUGUUGUGAGACUAAAACCACACAGCUGUGUAUUUCCCCCUUUCCCUGUGUCUGACCCGGUCAUAUACCCUGGGUGUAUUCAUUAGGCACCAAACGGAAGAAAAUGGACUGAAACAGGGAGAUACUACCUGACCUUGCCCAAUAAGAAACAGUUGUUUUAAUUUUCCAUUGCUACGGUGUGCCCUAGUGAAUACAACCCCUGUCCCAUGUCUGUCUGUCCCUCAUCUCUUUGUCUGUCUGUAGUCAACACGACUCUCGUCCUGUCUUCCCUCUCCAUCACUCACGCCCUCCUCUCCUCCCCAGCUCCUCUUUAUCUGUUGUCUUAUGUUUUGUUGGACAGUCAGUCCACACGGUCGUUGAGAAGCUAUUAUAUUUAGAGGUUUUUUUAAGAAGAAACUUGUGGGUGGAUAUAGAAGAGGCUUGUGCCUUUUGUAAAGACAAUAAUAAAGUUUGUACUUCGUUUUUUA